AAUAUUCAACUGGAGAUACCUUACUUUUUUAUCGUUCCGGCUGCUGUAUUAUCCGAUUCUUGUGUGUUGGUUGGUAUAUCGGAAGCUUUAGUGCAAGAUGUUCGAAGAAAAACUUAUAGCAGAGAUUGAAAAACACAACUGCUUGUGGGACAAACGACAGCUUAGUUACCGCGAUCGGGUGAAGAAAGAUUUGGCUUGGCGAAAUGUAGCUGCUGCUGUGGGACAUCCUGAGGAAAACUGCCGAAAGCGAUGGAAAUCGUUAAGAGACCGAUAUGGAAUAGAAUUGAAGGUUGAUCAACAACCUAGCGGAAGUGCUGCGUCGUUUUUGAAAGACACGGUCACGCCCAGACAGACAACAACAAACAUCGUCUCCCAAACGCCAGAAGUUCUCGGACAAGAACCAGAUAUACUGGAUACUUCCUUUGGAUUCCAAAUAGGCGAGAGUGGGAACAUUAUAAUAGAAGAGCAAGAAACCACUGCCCCAACGCCGGCUAAGAGACAAAAGAAAAAAACGAUGAGAACGCCGCCUUUAACGAUCUAGUCAACGAAGUAAGUCAGUUUGUGGAUAGUCAAAAAAAAACACACAACAAUUUCUUGGGUGCGAUUGGCGAAGUGUUUGAGAAGGUCCCAGAAGAGAGCCGCCUAGAUUUUCAAAUGGACGUACUUCAAUACGUCUAUGCUCAAUAUAAAAAUUAUAAAAAUUGAAUUUACGAAAUUUAAAAAUUUAAAUGACAUCCAGUUUGAAUUCAAUUUUGCGAACUUUAUAUGUAAUCUAAUUUAGUAUGAAAUCUGAUUUUGAUUUUGCGAAUUAAAUAUGUAAUCGAAUAUAUAUGUAAUAUAUAAUAUAUAUAUGUAAUGUAGUAAUAUGUAAUAAAUAUGUAAUCGAAC